UCAAUUUCAGUUUGCUUACGUAUCGUUCUUCAUAGUUUAUAUCGCCUCCUCUGUCUCUCUUUGAUUGUUAAAAGUGAAAUCGAACCAUCCUUAUUCCAAUUCACCAAUUUAGAACAAGAGAAAUCUUUCCUUUUUUCUCAAAUUCUUACUUUCUUUCUGUUUUUGUUACAAAUCAUGAUGCUGAUUCAACAAUUCAAGACACCCCUUUCUUACAAUUUCCCAAAUUCUACCUCAAAUUCGAGAACUCCUUCCCAAAAUUACAACAAUGUACGUUUUUCAAUCAAGAACCACAACAACAGCAGCAAUAGCAUCUCUUCUACUGAUUCUAAUUCGAUUACUUCGAUGAAGAGCGAUCUUAAUGAUGAUAUUGCAAACCCAUCAUCGUUAAUGUCGUCGUCUGCUUCGACUAAAUCGCCGCCAUAUCCUGGUGGUAUGGGUCCGUAUACGGGUAGGGAUCCGAACGUCAAGAAACCGAGUUGGCUUCGGCAAAAGGCUCCACAAGGAGAGAAGUAUCUGGAGGUUAAAGAUUCUUUAGAACGCCUUAAACUGAAUACCGUUUGUGAAGAAGCACAAUGCCCUAAUAUCGGGGAGUGUUGGAAUGGAGGUGAAGAUGGUAUUGCAACUGCAACAAUCAUGCUUCUUGGUGAUACAUGCACCAGAGGAUGCAGAUUUUGUGCUGUCAAAACCAGCAAUAACCCUGCCCCACCAGACCCUAUGGAACCACAAAACACCGCUGAAGCCAUUGUUAGUUGGGGUGUGGAUUAUAUUGUUUUGACCAGUGUUGACCGGGACGAUCUUCCAGAUGGUGGGAGUGGUCAUUUUGCUCAAACUGUCAAAGCAAUGAAGACAAGGAAGCCGGAGAUUAUGGUUGAAUGUUUGACUUCUGAUUUUCGUGGUGAUUUGGAAGCUGUAUCCAUGUUGGCUAACUCAGGAUUAGACGUUUUUGCCCAUAACAUUGAAACAGUUAAAAGACUACAACGAAUUGUAAGAGAUCCAAGAGCUGGAUAUGAACAGAGUUUAUCGGUUCUAAAACAUGCUAAGGCUAGUAAAAAAGGGAUGAUUACUAAAACUUCAAUCAUGUUGGGACUUGGUGAAUCUGAUGAUGAAUUGAAAGAAGCAAUGGCUGAUUUACGUGCCAUAGAUGUUGACAUUUUGACUCUCGGACAGUAUUUACAGCCGACUCCAUUGCACCUUACUGUGAAAGAAUAUGUUACACCUGAGAAAUUUGAGUUUUGGAAAGAUUAUGGGGAGUCGAUUGGGUUUCGUUAUGUUGCAAGUGGACCUUUGGUACGAUCAUCGUAUAGGGCAGGAGAGUUAUUUGUUCAAACUAUGGUGAAAGAGAGGAGCAAAAGCGCGUUGUGAUUAUGAGAUUUUGAAAUUCUUUAUAUUGAAAACUCUUGGCUCUUGAUUUUCACACACACACACAUAUAUAUACAUGUGUUCGUAUGCAGGCAGGUUAUUCAUAUUUACUGAACU